AUGGGAACGGAGCGGGAGGAAGGCCAGGAGUGCUCGGUGGACAUCACCCGGGGGCAGCCGGCCCACGGGUCCUUCUCCCUGGGCCCCAAACUUGGCUCCCUCCUCGCGCUUCCCGCCUCCGUGGCCGGCUUCGAGGGGGCGGUGGCUUCACCCGCCAACCAAGGAUACACCGUCUACCUCUGCGACUUUGCCCAGCAGCCAAGGAUUCGUACGCGCCUCUUCGGCCACACGGGUAUCGUCGCGCAGCUGAACGCGUCCGAAGCGCUGCCGCACCUGCUGGCGUCCGCGAGCCACGACUCGUCCGCGAAGAUCUGGGACCUGCGAACGGAGAGCGCGGUCUGCACGCUUGAGAGCCGCACGUACGACUCCCUCGCGGCCGUGGCCCUGUGCGCGCCGGGGGGCAGCUACCCGCUCUGCUUCACGGGGGGGGACAACGAGUGCGUCCAGGCGUGGGACCUCCGCAUGAUGCGCGGCCUAUACGAGCUCAGCACCGGCAACAACGAGCCCGCCGCGCUAUACUGGCACGAAGUUUCGCAGUCGCUCCUCGCGGUGACCGAUUGCAUGCACAUCACCGGGCACGGGUUCGGCCCCGGGUAUGUCGACGUGUCAGAUGAGGAGGGCGGGGAAGGGCCGAACGCAACGGACUACCGGUGGCCGGGGGAAGCCAAGCACUCGGUGCACGCGUUCCGGGCGCGCUGGGACGUGGGGUACCAGAGCUUCAUACGCUAUACGUUUUCGCGGAGCCCCGCCGGGGCGGUGCCGGAGUCGUCCCAGCCGCCCCGGUCGUUCUUCAGCUUCUGAGCGCGCGUGGGCUUUUUUGACGCCAUUCUGUGCCUAGGCUUGUGCGUGAACUCGCAGCGCACCAAGAAGCCGACUCUGACUGCGCGUCAGAGUUCAGCGCAUCCAACUUGUGAAUAGGCUUUUAUAGGUUGAAUUGCUGACACAGUGCGGGAAGCUUAAGACGGCAAAAAUCUGUUGCAGUAAAGGCUCGGUGGUUUCCCCGUUUGGACUGCCGCGUUUCGCACACGGGUAGAGACGCACGUUUUCAGUGGACAAC